AUGAAGAAGGUGAAGGAGUUGGAUGUUAGUGACACGAAGGCGAGAGGGAGAGGAAAAGAGGAGGAGAAGAAGAAGGUGGUCAAGUCGGCCCGGCGGCCCAAGGAAGGCGACGUGCAGCUGCUGCGAGAGCUCACGGCUGGUGACUGGGCCUGGCUCAGGCAGAGAGUCGAAAGAAGAGGUAUGCGCGUGGAAAGUGUAGAAGAAGAGGAAGAGGAAGAGGAAGAAGUACGAAAGUACAAGCGCAAGUGGGACCAGGUCCUCACCCUGAACGAACAUGACCAGGACGGAGAGAAUGAGGAAGACAAGGAGGGCAAUGAAGAUGAAGAGCAAGAGGAAGAGGAGGAGGAUAGGGAGGAAGAGCAUCAGGAGCAGGAGUACAAGAGGCGCAAGCUCAACUGGCCCGAAGAGGAAGAAGAGUUCUUGGUGUCCGACCCGAUCACGAAACUCAACCCCAUCCUCGACCGAUGCCACAUCACCAACUAG